AUGACCAAAUUAUCUUCUGUUGGAUUAUUAUCUUUAGUUGGAGUUUCUUUAGUUGCAGGAGAUCACUAUUCAUGUGAUCAAAUGAAAAAAUUAUCACAUGAAUAUUUUCCAGAAUCAGUUGCCGAUAAUAUGAUUUGUCUUUCCUUCCAUUCUAGUGGAUGGAAUUCAAUUUCAAAUACUAAAAAUUCCAUUGGUUUGUGGUAUAAAUUAAUGCACAAUGUUGCUGAAAUGGUUUAUACUGAAUUUGGUUAUAAUCAUUGGGAUGCAUGGAACAAAGGAAAAUGUAAUGGUUGGAACCAAUGUGGUAUUAGCACAUCAGUUAAUGGUGAUGACAAUGUUGGUGCCGCUAUUACAGGUAGUGGAGGUGUAAGUGGCAGCGGUAGUGGUAGUGUUGUUGAUGUUAAAGACAAUGGCGAUGUAAAAGCAGCUAUCACAGGUAGUGGAGGCGUAAGUGGUGAUAACGAUGUAAAAGCAGCUAUCACAGGUAGUGGAGGUGUAAGUGGUAGUGAUGAUGUUGUUAAAGCAGCUAUUACAGGUAGUGGAGGUGUAAGCGGCAGUGGUAGAGGUAGUGUUGUUGAUGUUAAAGACAAUGGUGACGUAAAUGCAGCUAUCACAGGUAGUGGAGGUGUAAGUGGUAGUGGUUCAACCAUUCCAGUCAUGGCAGCUAUUACAGGUACAGGUAGCAGUGGUAGUGGAACUACAAUUCCAGUUAAAUCAGAAGUUUUCUCAGCAACUGGUGAUAGCACUAUCCCAGUUUUAGAAGAUGUUCAAGCAGCCAUCACAGGUAGUGGAGGUGUAAGUGGUAGUGGUAGUGGUAGCGUUGUUGAUGUUAAAGACAAUGGUGAUGUAAAUGCAGCUAUCACAGGUAGCGGGGGCGUAAGUGGUGAUAAUGACGUUCAAGCAGCUAUCACAGGUACAGGUAGCAGUGGUAGUGGUUCAACCAUUCCAGUCAUGGCAGCUAUUACAGGUACAGGUAGCAGUGGUAGCGGAACUACAAUUCCAGUUAAAUCUGAAAUUUUCUCAGCAACUGGUGACAGUAAUAUCCCAGUUUUAGAUGAAAUUUACUCAGCAACUGGUGAUAGUACAAUUCCAGUUUAA